AUGUUCCGUCUGCUACCCUGGUCUUCUAUUGCUAGGGUUAAACAGGUAACGGGCACUGCGCAGGAGCACCCAGUCAAGGAGAUGGCCGUACGAGAACAGAACCCGUCAUCAUCACAGCUGCAGUCGCAGUCGCAGUCGCAGACACUGAAGCGGAAAAGGUCCGAUUCUGCUGGAUCAGAAGUGAUUUCGCAGGAUGCCGCUGGCUACUCUAAGAUAGCUGCUCUACAUAGACCAACAGUGUCUGCAGAUAACGACAGCAUAGCCCAGUCAAGAGACGUUGCGGAGCCCAGGAUAGGCCCGGACCGCGACCCAGUUACCAAACCGACAAGCAAAGCCAAUAUACCCAAGCUACAUGACCUUCGGCAGCCCAUAGCAGCGCGGACCAUGGAUACCGAAGAGCUGCGUCAGACCCUGGAAUCACAGUUCAGCCUUGAAGUUUUGCUCAAGCACGAUGAACUACGCAUGAUAGAGCAGGAGAUGGCCAAGUGCCAGGUUGCGCUCGAGCAGCUGCGUCGUUGCGGUGAGAUUCCAUACCCUGGAUCUGGCCUGACGGGACCUCUGGCGGCCGUUAGCAACGGCUCUGGACCAGCCGUCAUGCCUCCGCGCAGCAGCCCCCGUCCUCCAGCAUCUCCUUCUCCCUGGGGUACCAAUGAUGGAGCGUAUACCCGGCAUUACGCACGGUGGCUUCUUCCGGAUCCGCGAUUCGAUGGUGGAGAGGUCGAGACAGUGCCGCUGCCUUCUAGGGCCGGCAAGAGUCCCGUGGUAGAUGGACGAACGACUCGUGCAUCAUGGGCUGAUGCAACCACGGCUUCUUCACGCUCUCAUCGUGGCACUGCUGGUGCGAAACUACAAGCCCUUUCAAGUGGAUACCCUCCUCCGAAAGACAAGGCCGGCCCGAUGAUCAUUAAACGCAAGACGGACGGGCAAUUUGUGAAGCUGGUCUGUCUUGACUGCAGGCGUGAUAACUUCUCCAGCACACAAGGAUUUAUCAAUCACUGCCGGAUAGCGCAUAACCGCAGCUUUGCCAGUCACGAUGCCGCAGCAGCAGCCUCCGGUGAGCCUGUUGAGGUGGAUGAGGCGGGUACUGUUGUAGGUGGGCAGAGUGAACCGCCUGCUGCUGGUCCCGCUGGCUAUGUCCAUCCGUUGAUUCGGUCUGCUCUCCUCACUGACCCUGCGAAAGGGGCAAAGCACAGUAAUCAGCAGGCCAAGGCCAGCACUAACCCUCCUAUCCAAUCCGUUACUCCUUCGCCUCAACUACAACCCAAAUCAAGCACUCCAAGAGGAGGUCCUAAAAAGCCCGAUGUCUCCCCCGCUUCUACUUUCAAGGCAUCGCCUCAGACACCUCACUUAUCGUCCCUCAUGCUCUGGAAGGGUAUCGAUAUUGACCUAUCACACGUUGUGAACGAUGCCCUUACCAAACCAGACGUCGACAUGUUCCUCUCAGAUGAAAACUCAGACAGCGAGGUAGAUGAAAAUACUUCACACGGACAUACAAGUUCUCAGCUAAGCAUUCGGAAUAACAGACUGCCUGGCCGCACCGUUUAUGCAUCCUCCCAGCCUCAACGACCUGGCAGCCGCAAGGGAAUGGACAAACGAGGCGCUCCCACACGUCGCUCACCUGGACUGUUGCACACAUCAACAUCGCCAACUCUUUACUCCUCAGGAAUGGCAGCGGGGCGGCAUCCGGAACCCGAUGGAGACAUGGAUAUGACAGGCUCCAAUUCACCCAACCUCAGCCCUAACACAGUCGAGUCAAACCAGGCCCCUAGCCUCGUAAGCGACGAUGGAGAAUACGAAGCUCCCUCCGAAUCUGAGAGUCCCAGCCCCAGCUCCUCUGGUUCUGAGGACGAAGGAAAUACAUUCGAUGAUGUCAAGGUUCAGGACGGAGAUGAUCCAAGUGCCGAUUCGAAUGCUUCAAAUUCAACAACGGGGCAUAUCUCGGGCCCGGCGAAGCAUCAUGCCAGACCACCAAUACCUACUACACCAACAAGACGACAUACCGUCGGCAGGAAAGACGAGUUGAAAACCAAGAAUGCAAAGAGGCAUCGAUAA